AUGUCGGACCUGUUCGUCAACCUCGAGGCCCCCAACGGCGUCAAGUAUAAGCAGCCGACUGGUCUCUUCAUUAACAACGAGUUUGUUCCUGGCUCCUCGAAGCAAACGAUUACAUCAAUCGACCCUGCUACCGAGAAGGAAAUCGCCACAGUUCAUGCAGCUAGCGCCGACGAUGUCGAUAAGGCUGUGAAGGCCGCCCACGCCGCAUUCCAUGCGCCCUCAUGGAAGAAGAUGCCCCCUCCUCAGCGAGGCGCACUUAUGAACAAGCUCGCCGACUACAUCGAGGAGCGCACACAGAUGUUCGCUACCUCUGAGGCCUGGGACAAUGGUAAGAUUUACGCCGAUGCUGAGGGCGGCGACGUUGUCGAGGUCAUCAACACUAUCCGCUACUACGCUGGCUGGGCCGACAAGAUCACCGGACAAACCAUCACCGCCAACCCCAACAAGCUCGCAUACACUCUCCGCCAACCUCUCGGUGUGGUUGCCCAGAUCAUUCCCUGGAACUACCCUCUAGCCAUGGCCGCCUGGAAGAUCGGUCCUGCGCUAGCAUGCGGUAACACCAUCGUUAUGAAGGCCGCUGAGCAAACACCUCUCAGCAUCCUUCUCCUUGGCCAGGCUUUCAAGGACGUUGGAUUCCCUCCUGGUGUUUUCAAUGCUCUUAACGGUUACGGUGGCGAGGCUGGUCCUCCUCUUGUUCAGCAUCCUCUUGUUGAGAAGGUUGCCUUCACUGGCUCAACCGCUACGGGUGCUAAGAUCAUGGAGAUGGCCUCCAAGACCCUCAAGAACAUUACCCUCGAGACGGGUGGCAAGUCGCCUCUCUUGGUCUUCUCCGACUGUGACCUUGAUGAAGCUGUCAAGUGGUCACACAUGGGCAUCAUGUCCAACCAGGGCCAGAUCUGCACAGCUACUUCUCGCCUAUUAGUUCAGGAUAAGGUCUACGACGAGUUUGUCCAGAGAUUCAUCGAGACCACCAAGACUGUCAGCAAGGUCGGCCACCAAUGGGAUUCCGAGACCUAUCAGGGUCCCCAAGUCUCUCGACAGCAGUACGACCGUAUUCUUGAGUAUAUCAAGAUUGGAAAGUCUGAAGGCGCUACUCUGCUCGCUGGUGGCCAGCCUGUCGAUGCCUCAAAGAAGGGUUUCUUCGUCCAGCCCACCGUCUUCGGUGAUGUGCACCACCAAAUGCGAGUCUUCCGCGAGGAGAUUUUCGGCCCUGUCGUUGUCAUCACCAAGUUCAGCAGCGAAGAGGAAGCUCUCAAGCUCGCCAACGACUCUACAUACGGUCUCGGCGCCGCUGUCUUCACCAAGGACGUCGAGCGUGCGCACCGCGUUGCUGCUGAGAUCGAGGCCGGUAUGGUCUGGAUCAACAGCACACAAGACAGCGAGCCCUACAUCCCCUUCGGCGGUGUUAAGCAGAGCGGUAUUGGCCGUGAGCUCGGUGAGGCUGGCCUCGAGGCGUACAGCAACACCAAGUCCGUACACGUCAACCUUGGUUCUCGUCUGUAG